AUGUUAGUUAUACGAGCUCCUUUCCGAGAAUCCUUCAACCCGCUUGCAAUCUCGAGCACCAAAAAAGGAAUCGCAAAGCUAAAAACAAUCGUGUGCUUACCACCGAUAGGUUUAAAAGAUGAAUCCUUAGCGCCGUGGAUCCUUUGGAAUAUUUGGUUGUCCAGGAACAACAAAAUUUUCAAAGGAAGCUGUCUGAAUGAAUGGGGAACCCUGAGCUUAGCAAUCACGAGAGCGAGAGAAUGGAUCCAAGCGCAGGAAGAGAUCUCGACCCCAAUCCAAAGACCAAUCAGACCUUCAAGCGCAGAUAUCCUUGAGAAUUUCAUAAGAUGUCAAACAGAUGGUUCUUGGAGCAAAGAACACAGAGCAGGAGGAACAGGAUGGACUUUCCACAAUCAAGCUCUGGAGACGCUAAAUCAAGGAUCAAAAGCGUUUAAAAACAUAGCCUCGCCGCUAAUUGCAGAAGGUUUGGCUCUUCGUCAAGCCUUAGAUCUCGGAUUCGCAAGAUUGCAUGUCGCCUCAGACUCUCAGCAACUCAUAGCUGCCAUCAACUCGGAUUCCAUCCCCUCGGAAAUUUUCGGAAUCGUACAAGACAUUGCUCAUAUUUCCUUGUCUUUUAGCUCUAUAAUUUUCGGAUCAAUCCCUAGAGCUGCAAACUCUCUAGCGAAAAGAUCUCUUCAAAACUUUCUCUCGGGUGAGUAA